CCCUCUCUCAUUCACUUUCCUGGUGUUAAAGGGGCUGGGCUAACUCUUACAGGCAGAUUUUGUGUAGCUGCUAACAUCUGGGAGAGCUCUACCUCUCACUCACUGUCUCUCAGCACACUGACCUGUAGAGAAGGAACACCCAAAGGACCCUCACUUUCCUUGCCGACUAGUUGUGGUUACACCUCGUUUGGCCGCUCCAUCGCACUCACAGAGGUUUCUUUUAUUUCUUUUUGCUUAAGAAAAACGGGAAACAAUCUUCGUCACUGUCCAGUUCUUUCUGUCCAACUCAGGACUUGCCUCACAAAGACAGUAAUUUCUUUCGAGAGUGCGACACCCUCCCUGCGGUCAGGCAACCUGAACGCCCUGAAGAAGCGCUGGGAGCAAGCGGAGAACCACAACCGCAGCAAACCUCCUUCUGUCCCCCUUCCGAGCCAGUCCAGCAUACAGCGUAGGCCACCUGCCCUCGCCAGGCCUCCCUCUAUCAGUGAAAACCCCCUUCCGUCAGAGAGCCCCGGCCCGCAGACAGCUCAGGGAGGUGAACCCGCAGCUGACCAAGCCCAGCUUCGGCCCUCAGCAGCUCCAGAAGCACCCAAAGCUGAAGGGCAGAGAGGGAUGGACCGGGAUGAGGUGACACACAGUGAAAGACCUGAAAAGCUUGAAGAGCAAGUUCCAACCAGCCCCUGUGCCUCAUAUGAAAAGCUCAGAGUGCCACUGAACAACCUGAAGAUGAAAUUUGAGAAGGGAGAGGACAAAGUCAGCAAGGGCGGCAGGACAACAUUACGCAGCACUUCAUCAGACGACAUGGACCAACGCAGCGGCCUGUCUGUGUCUGACAGAGUGUUGGAGACGUCGUCCCUGAGGGAGAAGAUGGCGAAGUACCAGGCUGCUGUUUCUAAACAAGGCACCACACGAUCUGGUGUGGCUGCAGAGGUGCCUGCUCCAAAAACAUCUGCACCUGCACCUCAGAAACACAUACCUGUACCCGAGUGCAAUGGUGAGAGCGGCGAGCCACCCAAAACAUCCAGGAAGUUCUGCCCGCCGGAGAGGGAGACGUGCAUCGCUUGUUUAAAAACUGUGUACCCCCUGGAGAGACUGGUGGCUCAUCAGCACGUCUACCACAAAAGCUGCUUCCGCUGCGUUCACUGCAACACAAAGCUCAGUCUUGGGAAUUAUGCCUCCCUGCAUGGUAAUAUCUACUGCAAGCCACAUUUCAGCCAGCUGUUUAAAACCAAAGGCAACUACGAUGAGGGCUUUGGCCUUCGCCCUCACAAGGAGCUGUGGGAACCUCGAGCCGAGGGAGAGGAAGGUGAAGAAGUGGUAAAGCCAAAAGAACCCGAGGAAUCAGCAGUGGCGACGCGUCCAGCUGAGAGUGUCUCAGACAAAGAGACAACCCCAACCCCAACGGAGGAAACAUCCCCGCAGGUAAAGGUGACAGACAUGACCGCCUUACUGGAGACACGCGUGCAGACACAGGCCAGCUCCGGCGAGAAACAGCAGCCUACGGAGAGGCCGGCAGAGACGCGCAAACUCAGGAUCGCCUGGCCUCCCUCGGCCGGGGAGAGCCACUCUGGGAUGGUGGCGCUCAGUCCAGUCACGGAGGGAACGCCCUCAGGAUUGAGUCGACCCUGGAGAGCCAAGUGGCCCCCAGAGGAAGAGUCAACGUCACCAUUCCUGAGCACGGAGCGGGUUGAACUGAAGAGCCUGAGGAGGAGCUCUUCCCUGAAGGAGCGCAGUCGGCCUUUCACUAUUGCAGCCAACCCCGCCCCUGCGACCAGCCUGGGACCCAGGGAGCGCCGCCGCCCUCUCAAGGCCCUGCAGGAAUGGAGAGCAUCAUUCGAGGAAAAAAACCCAUCAUCUGAAAAAUCAGCCAAAGAAAAUAAACCAGAGCAGCAGCAGCAGGAGAAGAAAAAACAGGAGCUGCCUCAAAUACAGAGCGAAGAGGAGAACCUGGAGACUCCGCGUGAGCAGCGGGAGGAGAAAGACAAACAAGCUCAGAAAGAAAACAUCUCAUCGGCGGCGGCGGACAAGAUGGUGACAGAGGAGGGCUCCCAGAGAAGCAUCUCUCCGGGCAUCUCACCGUCUCCUUCUCCACCUUUGCAGCCAAAACAGAACCGCAGCUCCCAGGAUGUGGGCUUCUGGGAGGAAGACAAAGAAGGAAGUGAUGCAGAGGAGAUGAGCGCAGAGGAUAUAAUCAAGAGGAACCGCUACUAUGACGAGGAGGAGGACUGUGACUCAUAGGAACAUCUCACAUCGUCCUCUUAUUGUCCAUGUCCAUUCAUCAUAUAACACGUGUCAGGUUUGUUUUCACAGUUUAUAAGUAGCUCAUAAAUUUAGCUUUGCCAGAUUUUAGUGUUAUAUGAGAGAUUCAGUAGAUGUGUGUGUGAUUUAAUAACUGCCUUUAAUUACUGAAGUACAAAUGUUUGAUUUAAAAAAAUUUUUUUUUUACAUUUUAAUUAUAUACUGUAUAAAUAUCUAAAAUAGCUUUUAUGUGACUGAUUAUACUGGAAGGUGGGAAUCUGUUAAACUCAAUCAAGGCUUCUGAAAAUUAUAUGCAUCAUCAGUUAUUUACAGGUCAGCAUGUCCAUAAAGCAUUGUACUUUAUGUGGCACGUAAAAGUGCUUUUUAAUUACAGGCAGUAGUGGACUACAUCGACAAAAACAGUCAUUAUGUGUAGUUUUACCCUUUCUGGAAUGCACAAAAUAGCUAAAUAUCUCAUACCAGAAUGGGUACGUCAGUGCUGUGUCUUUAAGAUGUUACAGGAGAACAAAUUUCUAUGUUUAUUACAAUUUACUUUAAAGUGUAAAUCAAGCAAAGACAAAACAGAACCCUCCAUGAGUACGCUCCGGGUUAGGAUCCCAAACCAACAUUGUACAUAUGUCCUCUCUCAGGUAUGACUAUACCGUCCCACUCAUCCAGCUGCCUUUGUAUGGUGUGACUUAGUACUUUUCUGCUAUGUCUGAUUUUACUUUUAGUCUAGUUGGAUGUUACUUUGAAUUCCUCCCCUUGGCUCAAGUUGUGCCAGUUAAGAUACCACACAGCAGAUAGUAUGUAGUUUACUGCUUUGACUUCUAUUGAGCCUUUACCUUUUCCCAGCACUGGAUUAAUCAUAAAGAUGAAGAUAAAGAGAAUUCUCAUUCAGAGCAAUCAGCAAACAUUAAUAACUCCACUCCUGCAGGGGGCUCCCUGAAUACAACUGGAGCUGUAAAGACAAAUUCCAAGGAAGUUUUCUUAAUCAUAGGUGGAACUUUGUGAAUUAACCUCAGUACCUCUCCACUUCUCCACUAUGAAAGGCAUCACAUUUAUUUACAAAUUUACAACCAGUUCCUGGUCAAAAUCUGUUCCUGGGCUGUUCUAGCUACAAUAAAAGUAGAAAAUAUAAGUGGUCAAGGUUUUUACUGAUUUUCUUUCAGUCUAAUAUCUCAACAUAUGUCAUCUCUUUGGGCCUUCUGGAUUUAUGUUGUAAUGCUUUCUAAUGUGAUCCAGUUUAUAUUGUAUGUAACACUUUGUAUUUUAUAAUGUGCCCUGGAAUAUAUGUUUGCACUGCAGAAUAUUUUUAAUAAUAAUAAUUUGUACACUGACACAUUGGGCAUUAUUGUUUUAACUGUUGUUGAAACACAAUUAAAAUGUAUCAAUAAGGAAAUCCA